AUGGGACUUUCGUUGAGACUGAGACGGCGAGGAGGAAGCAAAAAGGAGCUAAUUCCGGUGAUGGGUUUCUCGGAGGAAGAUGAGACAACAAUCCCUUCGCAGUUUCAGUGUCCGAUCUCUUACGACCUCAUGAAAGAUCCUGUCAUUAUAGCUUCCGGGAUCACUUACGACCGUGAAAACAUCGAGAAGUGGUUCGAGUCAGGGAACAAGACUUGUCCGGUGACCAACACAGUCCUAACAACUUCGGAACAGAUCCCUAACCACGCGAUUCGAAGGAUGAUUCAAGGAUGGUGCGUUUCAAACAAAGGUUCAUCGUUAGAGCGUAUCCCCACGCCACGUGUCCCCGUCACGAGUCAUCAAGUGGUCGAGAUUUGUGGGAAGUUAUUGUCUGCGACGCAGCGUGGGGACCACGUCGGAUGUGUGGAGAUGGUCAAGAAGAUGAAGAGAUUGGUGAAAGAGAGCGAGAGGAAUCGGAAAUGUUUGAAGGAAAACGGCGCCGGAUUGGUUCUCUGCGUUUGUUUCGACGCGUUUUCGGAAACCGCAUACGCGACGCGGUUGCUGGAGGAUGUUUUGUUUUUGCUGACGUGGAUGUUUCCGAUUGGAUCAGAAGGGCAAGGAACAUUAACGUCGACGACGUCGUUUUCUCGCUUGGUUGGUUUUGUGAGGAGUGGUGAUCAAAACGCUGCGUUUUUGGUGAAGGAGCUUUUAUCACUUGACGAAGCAAACGUUCAGGCAUUGUUAGAGGUCGAUGGCGUCGAAGAAGCGUUCGUGAGAUUGAUUCGUGAAACUGUAUGUGAAUCUUCUUUGACUUCGAUCCAUCACAUGAUCACGAGAAAACCAGAGAUCGUUUCGAAGUUUAUUGAAUUGGAUCUGGUGAAUUUAGUGGUGGAGAUGCUCGUGGAUUCGGAGAAUAGCGUUUGCGAGAAAGCGUUGAUGGUUCUAGAGGCGAUUUGCGAAACUAGUGAAGGGAGAGAAGAAGUUAGAGGAAACGAAUUAGUGAUGCCGAUUUUGGUGAAGAGGAUUCUGAAGAUUUCGGAGUUUGCGAAGAAGAAAUUGGUUUCUGUGAUGUGGAAGAUCUGUAAGACAGGACAAGGAGCAGAGGUUGAAGAAGCAUUGAGAUUAGGUGCGUUUAAGAAGCUUGUAGUGAUGUUACAAGUUGGAUGUGGAGAAGGAACCAAAGAAAAAGUUACAGAGUUGUUGAAGAUGAUGAACAAACAGAUGAAGACUAAAGGAUUUGUUGAACAUUCUGAUUCUUCUAUUGAGUUUAAACAUCUAAAGAAACCAUUUUGA